GAAGAAGAAGAAGAAGAAGAAGAAGAAGAAGAAAUAAUAAUAAUAAUAAUAAUACACAACACAAAGUAGAGUCAGGAAGUGGUGUUCAGUUGCAUUUGACAGCGAGAAGCAAGCAGCGAGGUUUCGGAUUAGAAAAUUAGGAGACAUUCAUCAGUGUCAACUCAACAUAGCUCUUCGGGGGAAUAAAAUGGGAGCCGUCCUCCCCCUUGCAGAAGCUCCCCUGCCCCUGUCCUCGCUGAGGCUCCUGGUUCCACCUCUGCGGGUGAUGUCGGCUGUGAUGUGGAAGGUGGUUCGUUUGAGAAACAUCAAGCAUUAUGGGAAAGUGGAGGAGUUUUUGUCCUUGGUAACAGAAGCCGUCCCUGACAUCUUGACAGACAGACAGAUGAGGCUGCUCACUCUGGGCUUAAGAGCAAAGAUGACAUUACAGAUGUUAAGUUCUGAACACUCAGAGGAUCUAAGAGGUGUUAAAACACACUUGGACAGUCUCCUGCCAUCUAGCUCAAAACAGGUUCAUCCAGGAAAUGAAGCUCUUGAAGACAACUUUGCCAGACUUGUUCAAAGACUCCUGGAAGACCCAAAGGGGAGAGAGCACUUCCUCAAGAAUGUGUUUCCUGCGGAGUAUGGGCCUGACUUUGAUGCAGCUCUGGAGACAUUGAUUUGUGAGUUCUUCACCAGACUGGAAGAGUUGCUGCUUAUACCAGACUUUAAGCAGACGGCAGUGUGGAUCAGUGAUACACCCUCUGUGCUAGAAGAUUACAUGCAGUGUGUAUCCAAAGCAGAUGACCUCAAAGUACUGCUCAGAAGCAGGGUCCACUGUGGUAAAAUGGCCACAAUGAAUACCAGUGUGCCCUCUCCCUCAGAGCAGCGGCUCUUCUCAUCAUUAUCUCUCCCUCCUUCACUGCGAGAGACCAACGCCAAAGACGUGGAAUCUAACACACAAACAUUUGAAAACCAAAGAGAAUCUGAGGGGAUUUCUCCUCAGGGGGCAGGAGAUGUGGGGAUACAGGAUGCAAGAUCUGAGGAGGGAACAAACAUACUGGACUGUAGCGAUGCAGAAGAAACAACAGGAGGGAAAUGCAGUGACAGCGUUCCUGAUGUUCACAUUGUGGAGGAGUACGAUGACAGAGCGUCGGCCACCUGCCGAGCUCCAUCUACAUCUGCUGAGGCUCCUGUAUUGUCCAGCUCUAUGAUUGGCCCUCCGCGGCAGAGAGUUGCACACAAAUGCACUCAGUGUGGAAAGUGCUUCAUUUACCGUUAUGAGCUCCUGGAGCAUCAGAGGCUGCACACCGGAGAACACCCUUACAGCUGCUCUCAGUGCGGAAAGGCCUUUAGGAGGACCUCAGACCUGUCAACUCACAGGCGGACACAGUGCAGAAAAGCAGGUUAUAUUUGCAUCAAAUGUGGGAAUAGCUUUCAAUCUAUACAGGACAAAUUUAGACACCAGUGUGUUCAUAGUGUGCAGACGUUUGACUGUUCUCAGUGCGGAAAAAGCUUUAAGAAAAUGCACUUGCUGGGUAAGCAUGAGCUGACUCACACCCAGAACCGUAUCUUCACAUGCAGACAGUGCGGGGAAGUGUACCCAAAUAUGAGUGAGCUGAGGUCCCACCAGAAGAUUCAUCCUCCCGAGCUGUCCAAUCAGUGCAUGCAGUGUGGGAAAUUUUUCAGCUCUGUUGCCUGUUUGACAGCCCAUGAGCUGCGCCACAGGCAACAGAGAACACAGAUUUGUGCCCGUUGUGGCAAAGCUUUCAAGAACAAACAUGACCUGAACCUUCACAUGCGCAGUCACACGGGCGAGAGGCCGUUUCAGUGCACAUACUGUGGGAAACGUUUCUCGGUGUCAGGAAACUUGAACAUACACGUAAGGACCCACACUGGAGAGAAACCGUAUCUGUGCUCUGACUGUGGCAAGGCUUUUGUUUCAGCCGGCGAGCUGCAGAUACACAGACGCACCCACACUGGGGAAAAGCCAUACAAGUGCACUGUAUGUGGGAGAGGAUUCACCAUGGCGAGCAAGGUGACACUUCAUAUGCGGGUUCACACCGGGGAGCGCCCUUAUGUCUGCUCUGAGUGUGGGAAGGGUUUUUCACGUGGCAGCGAAUUGAAAAAACAUACCAUGAACCAUACAGGGGUUCGACCCUAUGCUUGUCAGCUGUGUGCAAAGACUUACACAUGCCUCAAUCACCUGAAGAGACACUUGAAAACUCACAAUGUAGUCCAAAACCAGUCGGUCUAAUUCCAUUGAUUACCAUAUGGCUUUUCAUUUUUUCAAAUGAAUUUUGUAUUCAUGCAACUAGCCUGGACUGAUUGUAGUGUUGACUUUAUGCACUGUGUAAUAGGUUUUGCACUCACCCUCUCUUGUAAGGACUAUGUUGCUGAAGUUCUUGUUUUUACAGACUGAUUAAUUAUCCUGCGUUGUCAGAACUGUUCUGAUUGUAUCCUCUAAAAAUCUUUAAGUGCAGCUUUUGGGCCUGACAUGUAAGUGUAUUACUUUUGUUUUUUGAAGUCAUAAAACAUAUGUUACAAGGGUCUCUAAGAAACCAUACAAAAAUAAACAAUAAAUCCCAA